AUGAGCCCCCCGCCAGAAGAGGGCAAGGCCCAGGUCCCUCACGACGAACAAUCGAAAGGCAACGACGAAAGUGACCGCAAUGGCUCACCCGAUGCGACAGAUAUCAGCCCUGAAGCUGAAGAUGCUGGCCCGGACCUCUCUGUUUUCGACCCAGAAUUCGUGAGCGUUGAACCACAGCAUCCGGAAAUUGACCCAUCCGAGUCGGCCCAAAGUCCGAAGACAAAACUCGAAGAGCAAUAUCGAAGACCACGCUUUGAGGACAUUGUUCCUCACUGUUCCGACAACGGAACUAUAGCCACAUCUCAAGCAUCCAAUGCCAGCACACCUAGUGAAACAGCCGUCAAGGACGAGGAUUCUUCCAAUGAAGAGGGCUCAUCCAGCACUCACGAUGAAGACCCUGACGGAAACAAAGACCCUCCAAAGACUGUACAGCGAAUGAUGGUCGACAGUGUCAUGACUUCCUUCAUGGACUGGCUUGAUGUCAAGCUGAAGGUGAAAGGAGAGGAGGAGAAGAAAAAUCUUUCGAGUCUUCCUUUACUGGGGGCACCUCAACCCAUGACCGAGGGCCUGAAACCAACCCUAAGUCCUCGAUUCACAGCUCCAAUGCCAGUCCCAACGGGAUUCGCUCCAUUAAAACCCUUGACUGGUGCCUUUGGCUCUGGUCAAACUUCAGGCACGGAUAAGGCAGCAGAAAGCUACACUAUCAUACAUGAGAAGCAAAGCAGUAUUGAACGUCCGGGGCUUUCGAAAAAGGAAGAAAGAGCAGAAGACGUCGAGAGGAAAAGAGCGAAGCUGGGAGGGCUCAGAGCGACCAGAGAAGGCCUGAGAAGUGACAGAGAAACCCACAAAGAGUCUCUCGUCCAGUCUCUGGUCGGUACCUCGUCGACUGCAGCAUCGAACUCAGCUUCAUCCCGGGACGAGCCCAGGAGACUCAGACGUUCGUCAAGACCAGUGGACACACAGUCUGCACUGAGAACCCUUUCUUUGUCGGAGGAGCCUGCUGAAGAUGAGCGGGACAGCACGAUGCCAAUGCUGGCAUCGCCCCCUCCACCACCCGCUCCCAAGGCGAAGUCUUUCUCGUUCUCAAAUUUGUUGAAGAGAAGCAAGAAGAAGAAGGGUAUGGAAGAAAGUGAGGAAGAGAAGAGAGGAUCAGGUCUCGAAAAAGCGGAAGAGGAAGACGAGGACGACGACGAUGAGGAGGUCCUGUCUGGAGAAGCCGCCGCAUCCGAGGCGGCAACUAGCCGAGGGGGUGAAGCCGUGGAAGAGCUCAUGACAUACCCGCCGACGGUAUUGGACCUCGACUUUGAACCCAGUGAAAGUCCGCCGUCUGCAGGGGGGCCACCCCCCAUGCCUGCUGCUUCAACAAGCUACGAGGUAGCAGAAGAGGAUCUACCUACUUCAAAUAAGUCCCCAAAGGCACCAUAA